UCGAUCGCCACAAUACCGGACGAACUGCCAUCGAGAAAGCAACAAGUUGGGCGUGCGGGCUUUGUUUUUUUCUUCUUUACAACCGAGACUCGCGGCGUGCUUUUUUUUAUAUUUUUUUUCUUUUCCCCCCAUUGAUGUUCUAAAAUAUUUCUGUGGAUGACUAAGAUCCGCAUUAUUAUGUGCUACCAGAUCGCUGAUCGCCGAAAAGCAGGAGGUCUAUAGUGCGAAGUGCGCCCCAAGCGGUUUUUUUACCGAGCAAAUUGUGUUGCCAAAACGAAAACGAAAUUGUGGUAAAAACAAAGGGUUAAACAACAGUGAGAAAAAGUGCAGCAGAUCCCAAGGUACGAGACGGCGGGCACAAUGCAAUCGAAGUGGAUGGCAGGAUGGAUGAUUGUGGUAAUCUCGAUAGCGGGAGCACUUGGCCAGCCGGAGCGCUACGACCGCCUGCCCUCCUGGGGCUGGAGCCACUCGCAGAUCGGUGGGGGGCAGGACCCCGCCCACUACCAGGCGAGUCGCGAGAACCGCGAGGACCUCUGCGGCCACUGCUUCUGCACCCAUCUCAAGGCCAUCUGCGACUUCAAGCUGAACAAGACGCUUUCAAGCGAGUUCAAUGACAAAUUAAUGGUGCCGCUGAACAUCAAGUACAUUGAGGUGCGACUGACGGCCGGCACCCAGUUCGUGAUGUUCGAGAACUUCUUCCUGGACAACCAGGUGAACUACUUCGGCUUGAUCGGCGUGCGGAAGGACGACCAGGUGGAGAUAACCAGCAAUGCCUUUAGCCACAACAAGGGUGGCUACCCCAGCAUCGAAAUUGGCAAUAUCUCGAGGGUUUUCCUCCGCGACAAGUUCCUGACAGGCGCGGAGUACAAACUGCUGGUGGAGGAUGUCGAUCAGCUGACCGUGUUCCCCAAUGCCCUGCAGAUGACCAACCUGGACUGCUCCUUCAAGCGGAUCCAUCAGCUGGAUCUGAUGAAGAACGCCUUCAAUCCCGGCAAUCCCAAGUAUGGCAUAAACCUCCGCGUGGAGGAUUCGAGCAUCAACCAGCUGGGCAUCUUUGGGGUGUCCAUGGGCAAGGUGAGCCUGCUGCGCUGCACCAUUGCCACGAUCAUGAGCAACGCCUUCGACGUGACCAGCAUCAAGGAGCUCAUCAUCGAGGGCUGCAACAUAGCGACGAUCGAGACGCAGGCGCUGACCAACAAGCUGCACAGCGACAAGGUGGCCAUCCUGGACACGGUGAUCGGCACCAUCGAGGGCCAGGCCAUCAGCCAGAGCGGCAUCACCACCAUGAUUAUGUUCGGCAACAAAAUCUCGAGAAUCCGCUCGAAUGCCAUCCAAAUAGCCGCCGUCAGCCUGUUCAUACGCAACAACUCGAUGAGCCACGUGGAGCCCAACUGGCUGAGUGUCAGCCAGGCGGAUCAUGUGGAGAUCGAGAACAACCGAUUCCACGACUACGGCCGGUGUGAGCUGAACAUCGGCUCCUCCAACUGCAGUUUCCGCAACAACGUGCUCCAGAAUCCGCAGCCGGGCAGCCUGAACUUCACCUGCCGCGUCCACCAGGUGCGCGUGGGCCACGAGUGCUCCUGCAACAAGGCCUGGCUGUCGGAGCUGACCGACCACGACCUGGAGUCGGAGGUGAUGUGCCGCGUGGUGGAGCAGCACACGGGAUGCCUGAAUGCCACCAGCACCAAUGUCCGGCGGUUCGUCAAUGAGGCGUGCGGCGGAAAUGUGACCCGGUACUGCAGCAGCGAUGGCCAGUGGACGACAAAGGCGGCCAGUGAUCAGCUGGGCAACUACAAUAGGUUGCCAAUCACAUGGCUGGCCUGCAUCAUUUUCGUGGCCACCCUGUCGAUUGUCAUCCUGGUCAUGAUGGUGGCCAAGUGCCGGCGCACUGGCGGCGGAGCCGCUGGCAACGGCAAAGAUAUUUGCCAAAUCCAGGAGAACAUCCGGGAGCAGUUGCGCCAAUGUGCCAUGGAACUCAGGGGGGAUGAUAUGAUCAGGAAGAGCAUCCUGAAGAUAAUCAACGGUCGCUACAACAAGGACGAGUGCAACAAGCGGAUCUUCUACGUCAUCGAUAGCAUGCCGAAGAACUCGUCGGUGAUCGAGCGCCUGCUGCUGGAGCACAUCAAGCUGAGUCACUGCGAUGUGAAUCCCUCGCUGGACGGGGCCUAUGCGACCAGUGCCUGUGCCGCGGCCAACGCCGGCCCGCCGCCCAGCGCCCCCAGCCCGCAGCCCAGCGACGACGAGGAGCCCAUCUACCAGGAGCCCGACCAGCAUCCGCUCAUGUGCAGCGACUACUCCGCGCCGCUGCAUCCCGCCGAGGACACGUACGCGGAGCCGUUCAAUGCCACGAAUGCGAACGACAUGCCACCGGCAUAUCAGUAUGCCACGCCCAUGCGCAUCCUCACGCCCCCACAACAACAGCAGCAGCAGCCGUCGACGAUGGCCAGCUAUGCCACGCCCGUUUGGCGGUCCACGCCCAGUGCCACGCCCACCAGCCGCCCGCCCUCGGGGGCCACGACAGCGCCGCGGGCCGUCAAGGAUCUGCGGCAGGCGCUGCAGAACUCGCCACAAUUCCAUCCCAACCAGCUGACCUCAGCGCGGAACCAAAGACAAAUCCUGCAGACCCUGCCCGUCCAGCCGCCGCCCUACAGCCAGACGCAGAGGUCACAGGUCAGGGGUCAGCGGCGGCGCAGCUUCGAGUGCCUCGACGGAGCCGCCAGCCUGGCGGCCAUGGAGCACAUGGACUCCGGCUCGGAUCACUCCGGCGGCAGCGAUGUGACCGUCCAAAUGGCCGAUGUGAUCGACUACGCGGAUGCCUAAAAGUAUGCAGAGCCCGUACAUAUGGUCCCAUAUAUGGUAUAUGCCACAACAGUCACACCUGCCAGACAACAAGAAACAAGAGGAGAACAGUCGAAGAGAACACCGGCCAGCAGCAGAGCCCAAAACAAAAAAUAUUGAAAACACUUUGUGAUAUUCAUACAGUUUCUCUGGAUAUGCGAAGAGCUGGAACCAGCUGCGUAUGUGUAGAUAUAGCUAGGAGAACCGAUCGAUAUAGCAUAAGCUAGACUAAGGAACCUACAGUUAAAUAAACGAGUCCAACGCCA